UUGACCCCCAGCGUCGUGUUAAUGGAGGACAGAAAAAUGGCCGAACAAGACACUGCAGCUGUGGCAAAUGAGGUCGAAGUACUAGUUGAAGGAAAUUCCGAUAGCCAAUCGGGCUUGUCACUUAGUAUUGAUACACAGCCAAUGAUAGCCUUGCAACCUUUUGCAGAAACAGAAGAACUCAUUAUACAGACUAACGAUGACGAGUUAGACGAUUCUCAAGAAGUACCAGCAGUCGGCGAGGAACAUGAAAUUGCUUCAAUACCCUCUUCACCGAAGGAAAGAAAGAAAAAAGGAAAAUCCGGUAAGGGUAAAUCAAACCAGAGUGGUGGCAAAAAGGCUUUCAAGAGGUCUUUGCAAGGAGGAGAUGACGACGGUGGUCGAAAUGAAGUAGAUAAACCCAGAAAAUGGGAACGGAAGAAAGUUCAAAUAAAAACGCUGGAAGGAGAAUUUGCAGUUACGAUGUGGGCAUCAGAGGACAAAAAAUUGCAGAUAGAACAAACAGACCUGAAUAAUUCAGAAGUAUAUGAUACGGAAGUAAGAUUACCACCAGGUGGACUUCCUGGGAUAGAUUUAUCUGAUUCAAAGCAGUUAUCUGAAUUUGCAAGGAUGAAGCCAAAACGACCCAGGGAGGAUGACAGCAUUAAGACAAUAGCAUGUCCUCACAAAGGAUGCACUAAGAUGUUCAAAGACAAUUCAGCAAUGCGAAAACAUCUUCAUACACAUGGUCCUCGAGUGCAUGUUUGUGCUGAAUGUGGCAAGGCAUUUGUUGAAAGUUCUAAACUGAAAAGGCAUCAGUUGGUUCAUACUGGUGAAAAACCAUUCCAGUGCACAUUUGAAGGAUGUGGCAAGCGUUUCUCGCUGGACUUCAAUCUACGAACGCAUGUUAGGAUUCACACUGGAGAUCGCCCAUAUGUAUGCCCUUUCGACUCGUGCAAUAAACGAUUCGCUCAAUCUACGAAUCUCAAAUCGCACAUUCUAACACAUGCAAAAUCAAACGCAAAACAAGCCCAAAGGUCGCAGUCUGAAGAGGAAGACAUGGCGCCGGAGAUGGAAUUAGAAAUGGAGAUAGGAACAGAAUCACCUUGAUAUGCACUGAGACACCUUAAUUCUGCAAGGUCAGUAAGCUGGUGAAUAUCAAUUGUAGAGACUGUUCUAAGUGAUGCAGUUAUUAGCAAAGGCUGCAAUUGAACACUUUUUGAUCAGGGUGAAUAACUUGAAUAUAUACAACGAGGUGGAUGGUUUCUUUAUGUCAACGGUAAGAAAUUUAUUUACAUCUGAUGCUCGACUCAUGGUGCUCUUGUAGAUGAUAUUGCAGGCUUGGAAAGACUGCGGAAACAGAAUUGUGAAUAGAUUCGUCUUAGACUGUUUUCUCUUAAGUAUUAUGAUUCGAAAAUGCACAUGUGCUUCUUCGUAGCCUUACUUAACAACAACGUCAAGGGGAAGUUCGUUACUUGUAUGUAUCCCUUGAACUGCAGCACAAGAUCAGCUCUACAAAUAUAAUCUUAGCAAUAGUGGUAAAAUUCAAUCGCCCGCAGUGUUGUGUUUGUAGGCCAUGUUUUUUAUUGACUUACAUCUUGCUGCAGUAGCUAUAAAAGUGUAUAUAAAAAAACUCCCAAAACUAUCGACUGCUGGCAGAAAAUACCGUCUACGCGACAAAAGAGUCUCAGUUACAUUAAAUCUGAGCAGAAUGUCCACUUACGUGUGAUUCUCCGGUAGCGAAUUUCUGGUUACAAGGGGGUUAAUUGGAAUUAAAUGGGGCUUCUACAUGGUUAAAUGCUCAAAACUGUACCAUAGGGACAUGUACAAAGAUUAAUCUAAAAUUUUCAAUAACAUCUUUUAACCAAGGUAGUUUAGCUUCAGUCGCAAUCUUAGAUUUAUCACGAAACCUAAGGCAAAAAGUGAUAUGUAAUGAACUGUUCAAUGUUGUGGAAUAUGCAGACCCAGUUUAAUUUUGCAUUUUUAGUUAGUUAUGGUAACAGACUCGCUUUGCAUUUGAUUGGUCAUGCAUUUGAAUCCCCCCCCCCCCCCCAUAAGGAAGAAUCCGUUAACUUCCAGUCACAGUUUAUUCAACGUUAGAGGGACUUAGAUUUGAACACCAGCACCCUGGUUAUGUAUUUGGUCGUUUAAGUAAAAGAAAGUACCAUCUUACAAGCUUUUUUAUUCCUACUUCUCGGUGAUAACGGCUCUUUGUGAUGCCUAUGUCGCAUAUUGUCAACCAAAGAACAUUAUUGAUUAAUGCGAUACUUCAAAAUGUUGUGUGUUGUUAUGGUGCUGGUCAUAUUUUGCGCUGAAGUAAAGGUAUGUUCGUGGCAAAGUGUAGGUAUCAACGGGGGUAUUUUGUAGAACCUUUGUCGAUCUGCUUUUUGCCAAAAUCUGCAAUUUUUCUGCUGUGAACUCGAAAAUCGUCUUUUUUAAUUUUCAGUAACGAAUGUUUACUAGACUCUAGUCCGUUAUAGUUUCAAAUUAUGAAGUUGUGUUUUCAGUAACUUGUCGUCUUUGAACAUGCUAUGUUUUUUGAAGAAGCACUGUUCAAAUCUUGUGAAAUCUUCUUCUGAAGAUACAUUAUUUUAACGGGGUUAUUAUAUUGAGUAGUCCUUAAGAAUGACCCUUUUUGAACCCUUUUUGCUAUUUUGAACUACACGUGAAA